AUGAAGAACUCCAGUGCUCGCCCACCACGUGACGCUAUUUCUCAUGUAUCGCCAAAGUCGAGGAAGAUCCGGAAAUCCACGUCAGCGGAGAGAAGGGAAAAGGAGAAGGUCACAAACCGUCUCCGCCAACUAGUCGCCGCUGAAGAAGGAGCCGACCAGUACGAUCUCGUCAUGGCCACCAUCGCCCAUAUCCGUGAGCUCCAGGCCCAGCUAUCCGGAAAAGAGAACUCACUGCCCGCCGGCUUCGAGCACCUCUUCUCGACAUCUGCCUCGGUGAGCCCGGCGUCGUCGCGGCCCGAGUCUCCAGAAUCUCAGAAUUCCACGUCAUCUGUCUAG